AUUUUGUGCAAAUCUUAAGGGUCGAAUCGAAGUUCUCGACUGUAACUGUUCAAUCUUAUUGAAAUAUUUAGCUCCUUGCAUGAUUUUGUGCAAUAAUUUGAAGUAUAUCGUCCGCUGACGCAAUUUACAUUAACAGAAGAACGAUGAAGCUCUGGGAUUGCUGUGACCAGGGUAGCUUUAUUGAAUAUCUGACCAUGAACUGAUGACUGAAUGAAUAGCUGAUCUAUAACAGCUGUGCCAAAUUGAGUUACCAUGAGUACUACCAAUGCUGAUAUUGAUGGAGAGGAACAGGAGUUCCCUAUGAACCCACUAUGCUUUGUAUGUGGUCAGCAGCAUUGGACACGAGAGAACCAUCUGUACAAUUACCAACAUGAAAUGGAUGAUGACCUUGUCUGCCAUAUUUGUCUCCAGCCAUUACUGCAGCCAAUGGAUACACCCUGUGGACAUACAUUUUGCUACAAGUGCCUCCAAGACUUUUUGAGACAGAAGGACUUUUGCCCAUUAGAUCGCAAACGACUUCACUUCAAAUUGUGCAAAAAAUCCAGCAUUCUUGUUCACAAACUUCUAGAUAAACAGCUGGUAUCCUGUCCCUUUGAAAGUGAUUGUCAAGAAGUAAUGCAGCGCGGUGACUUGGAAGCACAUCUUAAAUACAGGUGUUCGGGAGCUUCCAACCAUAGGGCUGCUGUAGAGAUUCGCAAGUCUUGCAAGCCAAGUGGAACAGAGAGUGAAAGUGGCAGCAAAUCCUCAGUGGGAGGCCAAGAGGAUCAUCCCCCUUCAGAUACAGACCAAUUACAGGUUCAAGUGGCAACUCUGGGUUGCAGCAGCUUUGCUUCACCAGCAUCAACUUGUCCAGAUGCAUCUGACCAAGAUAACCUUGCUUCUGAAGAGAGCACUGAGGAAAACACUCUAUCAAAGCAACCUGGUUUGGCUGAAGGAGAGAUUACUGGUAUUGAACUUCACAGGGCUGAUCCCAAUAUGGAACUAGGCCUGAGCAUCGUAGGUGGGAAUGAAACUCCAUUGAUUAAUAUUGUAAUUCAGGAAGUUUAUCGAGAUGGCAUUGUUGCAAAAGAUGGAAGGCUUCUUUCUGGUGACCAAAUAUUACAGGUUAAUGGUGUCGAUAUCAGCAAUGUACCUCACAACUAUGCCAGGGCUGUAUUUACACAACCCUGCUCCACUCUACAUCUCAUAGUUCUCCGGGAAAGACGAUUUAGUGGAUUAAAACACUUUAACCCUGAUGGCAGCUCUAUUCGAGAAGAUGGCUUUCAUGUGACUCUGCUUAAAAGAGAAUCUAGUGAGCAACUUGGUAUUAAGUUGGUUCGUAGACUGGAUGAGACAGGCAUCUUCAUCCUAGACCUUCUGGAAGGUGGAUUGGCUGCUCAGGAUGGGAGAUUGUGCAGCAAUGAUCGGGUGCUUGCAAUAAAUGGCCAUGAUCUGAAGCAUGGAACACCUGAACUUGCUGCUCAAAUUAUCCAAAACAGUGGUGAGAGAGUUCAUUUCAUAAUCUCUAGAACAACAAAACAGCAGUUCUCAAAUGUUAUUCGAGAAAAGGGAUCACAUACAAGUGGUCAUCAACAUUCUACCCAGUUAACACAGCUCAUGCCCCAUAACAAAUCUAAUCUGCACAAGGUCCUGUCACAAUGUGUUACUUGUCAAGAAAAAGAAAUCACUAUAAAGAAAGAUUCUCAUGAAUCUUUAGGAAUGACCGUAGCUGGUGGACGGGGCAGCAAAAAUGGUGAACUGCCAAUCUUUGUCACCAGUGUCCAGCCACAUGGCUGCCUCUGCCGAGAAGGUCGGAUCAAACGUGGGGAUGUACUACUGAGUAUCAAUGGUUCAGAUCUGACCUGCCUAAGUCACAGUGAAGCAGUGGCCACAUUGAAAGCUAGUGCUAACUCCCCAGUUGUAGUACUGAAGGCACUGGAAGUACAGACAACAGACGAGCAGAGUCAAGCUGCAGAAGAGCAUCAGAUCUCAAACAACGAGAAUGAUUUGGAUGCCAGCUGGUCACCAUCAUGGGUCAUGUGGCUAGGAUUGCCAAGCUCCCUUCAUAUCAGCCAUGAUAUUGUUCUACAGAGGAGUAAUUCAGGAAACUGGGGCUUUAGUAUUGUUGGAGGUUAUGAAGAAAAUCACUGUAAUCAGCCCUUUUUUAUCAAAACAAUUGUGUUUGGUACACCAGCUUAUUAUGAUGGAAGACUGAAGUGUGGUGAUAUGAUUGUCGCAGUGAAUGGACUCUCAACAGCAGGCAUGAGCCAUUCUGCACUUGUCCCAAUGUUGAAAGAACAACGAAACAAAGUAACGUUAACAGUCAUAUCAUGGCCUGGAAGCCUUAUUUAAAUCAAACCAAGCAAUUGCAAAUCAUGCCUUCUACCAGACCUUUAGAUUGAACUACUAAAGAAAUUCACUGAGUAUUUUAAUCAAUCAGCAACCAGAAAGAUAUAAAUCUCAAAUGUUCUGUUCUGUAAAUGUUUUGAAUACAGUGGAUUCCGGUUAAUUGCAACACGUCAGGACCGGUACAUUUUGGCCUAAUUAAGCAGCUGCCCCAAUUAGCCAAAGUUUCAUGGAUUAAAAAGGUAGAAAAAGAUAAACUAUCCUUUAACUGAGUAACAAAUAAUGUAUUUAAAUAAAAUAACAGAACAAAUUAGAAUACUACCAAUACUACUACAGGACUAUAAAACUGUACAUUCGUUCCUAAUUGUUAUCAAUGGAGGAAUUCAUCCAUUGUAUCUGUAGAUAAUGGACAAUGUGAUCGCCAGUUGCAUCCUCCGAAUCUUCAUUUUCAUUGGAACAUUCAAGAUGAUUGUCGAUACCUUCAAAUUCUUCAUAGUUACUAAAUUGUUGAAGUAGCGAAAGCAUUUCAUUUUCACUCCCAGUCGCUUCUGGCAUCUCCAAGCCUAAAUGUUUGAAAUCACAGUGAGCAACACAGUUCUGAAUUAUCUUGCUGUUAUUUCUCACCAACUAUCAGUGUUGAAGGUCACUGCUUUUUGAACAUGUGCACACAACUGAUGCUAUUUAAAAACUUUGUUCUAAGCAUGGCAUUGUGUCGAACAGCCACACAAGUGCACACAUCUGACGCUGGUUGGAAACUGUUCAGCAACAGUCUCUUGCCCUAAUAAAUGGCAGAGUGUCCCAAAUAAAUGAAGGGAAUCCUCCCUAUUUUCUGGAUUAAUAUUUGUCCUUUAAAACUUGUCUCAAAAUAAGCAGCUGCUCCAAUUAUCCGAUGGCCCAACUGGCCAGAAUCAAUUGUACUAACAUUAUAAAUUCAACUAUAUCAGAAUAUCUCAUUGUGAUUUUAAAUCAGUAUUCUUAUUUCAUGGAAUUUAAAAGUACACCAGUUCAAGAUGAUCAAAAAUUACAUAAUUAGAUAUCAUAUGUAACAUAUCUUAAGAGCCUUAACAGUCAGAUAAAUUUCUGACAGUUACAGUAGUGCAAGCCUUAGUGACUUUUGAACCUCAUGCUACCAUGAAUGUAGCUUCAAUGUGAAAUAAAUACUAGAAACAGAAUAUAGCUAGUGUUUUGAUCCAUUUUGCUGAAUCAUUGCACAAGCUCAUAAUAUGGGUAUACUUAAUUUUUACUUUGAUGUAUUUUGUUGAAGGGUAGUAGUUAGUAAUACUUGCAUCACAGGGGAAUAUUAACUUCCAAAACUUUGUAAUAUUAGAUAGGAGUAAAACAUAAUAAAUUAAAAUAUUCAAAUAUAUAUGUAUACAAUGGUCCAAUUUAACAGUUAACAUAAUCAUUUUUGAGGUUCAAGCCAUGAAUUUUCUGUCAAAUUAAGACUGCCUGUUUUAACCUUUAUUUAAGAGUUAAUGUUUUCUAUUUUAACUGAGUUUUUAAGUGUUUCCUGAUUUUUUUUUUAAUCUCCUUAUAGCAGUUGCAUUAAUGAUUUACUGAUUUAAUGAAAGAUUUUACAAAAAUUACAAUCAAAUAAAAAUUUCUGAGACUAUCAGUAAUAUAUGCACUUUCAUAUGAUUACAUGAACUUUGUAUAUAAAAACAUUUUAAAAGCAUCCUGUCCUUUGCAAAAUGAAACAGUAAAAUUUUGGAAAUGCAUGUGGGCAGUCAGCAUUUUAAAAAAAAACUGAUGUUUCUCACCUUUUACUGAAGUCUUUAAAAAAAAUUACACCCUAAAUUAGUCACCCACUCCUGUCCUUUAUUUCCAUAAUGAAGAUUUGUUUGACUAAUUACAGAGCUUCAUUUUUAUUUUCAAUUUCCUUCAUUCAUGUUUUUAUAUCCUUCAUAUCUAAGAUAAGACGGUCAUUGUAUUUCUUUCUGUAGCUCAAGUGAAGUUAAUGAUUGAAAGCAGUACAGUCUCUCACUAUUUCUCAUAUUCAGGGCAUAAAGUUAAUUGAGAGCCACAUAAACAAUACCUCUGGAUAUGUUAAGAUUUUAGUAUACUUCAAAUAUUCACUGAUGUAAUGCUGGUACAAACAAGAUUUGUCACCUCUAAUUCGCACUUUUUACCGAGUUCAUCAUUUAAGCAGUAAGUUGCAAGACAGGAGAGCCCUUUAAUAGUACUGAAGGAAUCUUAAGAGUUAUUGAUACACAUUGGGUGUUAGGAAAACCAAUUCCUAUCAUUAGUGCUUGGAUUAAGUGCUAUAAUAAGCUUUUUGAAAAAUAAAAUAACUGUCAGACACAGCUGCGACUACACUUUGGGGGAAAAAAUGAACCAGGAAAGAGGAUUUAAAUUGCUAGCUAAAUUUACAAGUUGGUUUUCAAUUGCAGAUAAUGCGAGAAGAAAUGGAUAGUCAAAAGGAAAUAUCUUUAAGUGGUUGAGGCUAGGUAUUUUGUGAAGACCUCAAACAGAUAAGUUAAUACUUUGUGUAUUUAUUUAUUUAUUUUUUAAUGCUAUAGCACAGAGUAGGCCCUUCCAACCCUUUGAGCCACACUGCCCCAGUAACACCCCCCGCCCCCCGGACAAUCCCAAUCAAACCUAUCCUAAUCACAGGACUAUCAACAUAUGAUCAAUUAUAUGUUGAUAGUCCUGCAAUUAGGAUAGGUCUCUAUGCCCUCUAUGUCUUUAGACUUUGGGAGGGACUGGAGUAUGGAGGGAAAACACACGCAUUCCAUGGGAAGGACACACAAGGACUCCUUACAUACAGCUUUGGAAUUGAAUGAGCUCCAAUGCCCCAAACUGUAAUAGCAUCCUAGUAACCACUAUGCUACCAUGGGGCAGGGUAAAGAGAGAAAAAAUUAACAAAAACUGUGAAAUGGGAGUGGUUAGUGAGUGCGAAAACAAAAAGCAUUCUAUCUUCUAAUUAAUCCAAAACAAUUGAAGAUUAUUUAAUAGCCCAAGAACAUAUCUCAGCCUAAUUCAUUAGUUCUAUGGCAAGAGCAGGCUGUCAGAAUUUUGAAUUUGAAUUUUUCCAAGAACCUAAGUGCUUAAGCAGUGAUGGUGUGAUAUUGUACACCACCUAAAUGUUUUGUAAGCUUAUGUUUGAAUUAAUUCAAUGCAACAGGAAAUGGAGGUGCCUAUCUACUCCCGACAUGCAGAGGAGCCAGAAGAGAUGGCAAUGCAUGCUUACAAAUAUACACGGUGGUGCUGGGAUUAUUUAAAAAGUACAGAUAACAGUAUAACCUAGACCUGCCAAAUAGACAAGUGAUCUGAAAGAACCUAAAGAAGGAUUUUCUAAUUGAGAUCUCAAACAAACGCACCACGUUUAUGGUAACAUUGGUUUGCAGCUAUGACUAAUUCUAGUUGAAAAUUCUCAUAGAAAACCUACAAAUAACAUUACAAAUGUACUUCAUUGUCAUAUUUGAUUAGCAAAAAUUUCUUUUAUGUAAUGGAAACCUAGAUGACUUGGUCUUUCUCAAAAUUUUGAAAUUUAAAUGUAUGAAUCUCUUUAUACAGCUUCCAAAUGUGAUGUUGUAGGUAUAAGUUGGUAUCUGAUGAAAUUUUAAUGAAUUCUAAGAAUUUUAACUCACACAAUAAACCUCCAUCUAGAAUAGAAGCUUUUAACAUUUUUUUUCCUGACGUGCCACAUUGGGAGGGUGGGCUCAACCUUAAUUGAUUCAGUAUUUGCUACCGAGAGCAGUAGUUGGUUCAUAAAGUCCAACAUUUUUAAUUGUGGUAUUGUGGGUAACUGGGCUGUGCACGGAGCGAGGUGCAGAGUGCAAGGACUAAAGUGAGAAGUAUAGGCAUAUGUUCCUGCAGCCCUAAAUCCAGAAUGGUGCCAGAGUCAAGGAUGUCACAAAACAAUAGAGUUUUCUAAAGGAAGACUCAAAUAGCAAGAGCUCUAGGUUUGAAUCUAUAUAGAUAAAAUGGGAGAAGUCCUGCUAUAUGAAUUUAGGGAGCUGGGUAGCAGUUUAAAGAACAACAAGAUAUUCAAGGUCAUAAUAUCUGGGUUAUUUCCGGUGUCACAUGCUAGGGAGCAUUGGAAUAAGAUGAACCCCUGGCAGAAGGGACAGUGCAAGUGGGAAAGCUUUAGAUUUCUGGAUUAUUAGAACCAUUUCUGGAGAAGGUGAGGCCUGUAAAGGACCAGUAGACUGCAUUGGAACCAUAGUGAGUCGCAACCUUUUAGGGAGGUUUUCUGGUAUAUUCGCCGUCGUUAGGUCGCACCUGGAAUUUCGAGUUAGCAGACGAAUUCCCUCCAUGCCGCUCUGUCCCGACACUUGUCCACAACAUCCCUAGUCUUGUCCAGCUUGGUCCAAUCCUUGAUGCUAUCCAGCCACGUUGUUCUUUGCCUUCCUGUUCCUUUCUUUCCCUCCACUUUUCCAUAUAGCAAGUCCGACAAGAUGUUAUCUCUCCGCGUAACGUGUCCACAAUAAGCAACUUUUAACUUCAUAAUCUUCUCCAGCAAUAUCCGUGGUCUAUCGACUUCGGACAAAACCCUCUCAUUUGAAACUUUCUCUACACAGCUGACCUUCAACAUUUGUGGACAGCACCAUAUUUCAAAAGCAUUAAUUUGUUUCAUGUCAUCCUUCUUCAGGGUCCAUGUUUCUGAUCCAUACAUCAGCACUGACCAUACAUAACACUCGAGGAAGAGGAUUCUACUUUGGAUGUCUACCUUCCGAUUGCAUAUUAGAUCUUUUAGCUUCAUGAACUGGAUCUUAGCCAUACCUAUUCUCCUUGUGAUCUUAGCUUCACAUCUCCCGUCAUCUGUCAGACAACUGCCAAGAUAAUCAAACUUUCGCACCUGUUCAAUGUUUUGUCCAUUCACUUGUAACGAUACCAUCAUGAAUGAGUCUUUAGUGUUUGUUUUGCUUACCACCAUCAAUUUUGUUUUCUUAGGGUUGACUUUUAGUCCGUAUUCAAGGCUUUUCUCAUUCACUUUAUUCAGCAUAGUUUGCA